CUGCUGCUGCUGCUGCUGCUGCUGCUCCCGGGGCUGCGGGAAAUGCGAGAGGCUGAGCCGGGGAGGAGCAACUCGAGCAGCAGCAGCGGCGGCGGCGGCGGCCGCUGCGGCGGGAGGAGCCCCCCAGGAGGAGGACCGGGAUCCAUGUGUCUUUCCUGGUGACUAGGAUGUCGUCGGAGGAGGACCGGAGCGCGGAGCAGCAGCAGCCGCCGCCAGCACCCCCCGAGGAGCCCGGAGCCCCGGCCCCGAGCCCCGCAGCCGCAGACAAAAGACCUCGGGGCCGGCCUCGCAAAGAUGGCGCUUCCCCUUUCCAGAGAGCCAGAAAGAAGCCUCGAAGUAGAGGAAAAUCUACAGUGGAAGAUGAGGACAGCAUGGAUGGGCUGGAGACGACGGAAACAGAAAACAUUGUGGAAACAGAAAUCAAAGAACAAUCUGUGGAAGAGGAUGCUGAAGCAGAAGUGGAUAGCAGCAAACAGCCAGUCUCAGCUAUUCAGCGGUCUGUGUCUGAGGAAUCUACAAACUCCCUGGUCUCUGUUGGUGUAGAAGCCAAAAUCAGUGAACAACUCUGCGCUUUUUGUUAUUGUGGGGAGAAAAGUUCCUUAGGACAAGGAGACUUGAAACAAUUCAGAGUAACACCUGGACUUAUCUUACCUUGGAAAGAUCAACCUUGUAACAAGGACAUUGAUGACAACAGCGGCGGGACCUGUGAGAAAAUACAGAACUCAGCUCCACAAAAGCAAAGAGGAAAAAGAAAAGAACGAUCUCCCCAGCAGAAUGUAGUUUCUUGUGUAAGUGUAAGCACCCAGACAUCUUUUGAGGAUCAGGCUGGCAAGUUAUGCGAUGAACUCAGUCUGGUUGGCCUUCCUGAUGCCAUUGAUGUCCAAGCCUUAUUUGAUUCCACAGGCACUUGCUGGGCUCAUCAUCGAUGUGUGGAGUGGUCACUGGGAAUAUGCCAAAUGGAAGAACCAUUAUUAGUGAACGUGGACAAAGCUGUUGUCUCAGGGAGCACAGAACGAUGUGCAUUUUGCAAUCACCUUGGAGCCACUAUCAAAUGCUGUGAAGAGAAAUGUACCCAGAUGUACCAUUACCCAUGUGCUGCAGGGGCGGGCACCUUUCAGGACUUCAGUCACUUCUUCCUUCUCUGUCCAGAGCAUAUUGACCAAGCUCCUGAAAGAUCAAAGGAAGAUGCAAACUGUGCAGUGUGUGACAGCCCGGGUGAUCUCUUAGAUCAGUUCUUUUGUACUACUUGUGGUCAGCACUACCAUGGGAUGUGCCUGGAUAUAGCUGUUACUCCAUUAAAACGUGCGGGUUGGCAGUGUCCUGAUUGCAAAGUGUGCCAGAACUGCAAGCAAUCGGGAGAAGAUAGCAAGAUGCUGGUGUGUGAUACAUGUGACAAAGGAUAUCAUACUUUUUGUCUUCAACCUGUUAUGAAAUCAGUACCAACCAAUGGCUGGAAAUGCAAAAAUUGCAGAAUAUGUAUGGAGUGUGGUACACGAUCUAGUGCUCAGUGGCAUCACAACUGUCUGAUAUGUGACACUUGUUAUCAACAACAGGAUAUUUUAUGUCCUUUUUGUGGAAAUCCAGAAUUGCAGAAAGACAUGCUCCACUGUAAUAUGUGUAAAAGAUGGUUUCACUUAGAAUGUGACAAACCAACUGAUCAUGAAUUGGAUUCUCAGUUCAAAGAAGAAUAUAUCUGCAUGUAUUGUAAACACCUAGGAGCUGAGAUAGAUUCCUUACAUCCAGAAAAUGAAUUAGAGAUGCCUGAACUACCUACAGAUUAUUCCAAUGGAAUGGAAAUUGAAGAUGAAGUGGUAUUUCUGGAACCAACAGUUAAUAAAGAUGUCAAUGAUCACCAGCCCACACCUGGAAUUGUUCCUGACGUUCAAGUGUACACUGAAGAGCCCCAGAAAAGUAAUCCACCAGAGAGCCUUGACACAAGUGGUCUCCUCACUGCUGAAUCAUCUGACAAUAAUAGGAAUCCUGAAUUGGCAAAUAAGUUUUCCCCUGAAAUUGAUAGUGAAAAAAUGGAAAGUCUUUCUAAAGGGGUUCACGUUUGUGAGGAAGAUGAAAGUGAAGACAGAAUGGAAGUGACAGAAAGUGUUGAAGUCCUUCCACACCAGACCAUUGUGCCACAAGAAGACCUGCAGAUGUCAGAGGAACCUGAGGUGGUAUCUAAAGCAGACCCAAGCCCUCCACAGUCAUCGCCCGGGUCUGCUGCACCAGAAGCCUUACUGUCUGCUCACAGUGAAAGUUCCUUAUCUUGUAAGGAACUGUUGGUGAUAGAGAGAGUACAAGAUGAAAUGGAGCAGAAGGAAAAUUCUGGACUCCCCUCAGGGUGUGUGGAUUUUGAAAUGACUCUUGCUCUUGACAGUUGUGUCAAAGAUAGUUCAUGCCAAGGAGACAAAUCUGUACAGUUACCAGCUGAGGAGGACACAUCAUUCUCAUCAGCAACUGACCUGAGCAAGGCAGAUGCGUCUUCCUCCUCAACGCUUUGUUUAGACUUGCCUUCAUGCGACAUGCUGCACGGUUACCCUUCAACGCUCAACUCUGCUGCUGGAAACAUCAUGCCAACAACAUACAUCUCAGUCACUCCAAAAAUUGGCAUGGGUAAACCAGCUAUUACCAAAAGAAAAUUUUCUCCUGGAAGACCCCGCUCUAAGCAGGGGGCUUGGAGUAACCAUAAUACAGUGAGCCCACCUUCCUGGUCCCCAGACAUUUCAGAAGGCCGGGAAAUUUUUAAACCCAGGCAGCUUACUGGCAGUGCCAUUUGGAGCAUCAAAGUGGGCCGAGGGUCUGGAUUCCCAGGAAAGCGGAGACCUCGUGGUGCAGGGCUGUCAGGACGAGGUGGCAGAGGCAGGUCUAAACUAAAGAGUGGAAUUGGAGCUGUUGUAUUACCUGGGGUAUCUGCUGCAGAUAUUUCAUCAAAUAAAGAUGAAGAAGAAAAUUCUAUGCACAAUACGGUUGUGUUGUUUUCUAGUAGUGACAAGUUCACUUUGCAUCAGGAUAUGUGUGUGGUUUGUGGCAGUUUCGGCCAAGGAGCAGAAGGAAGAUUACUUGCCUGUUCACAGUGUGGUCAGUGUUACCAUCCAUAUUGUGUCAGUAUUAAGAUCAGUAAAGUGGUUCUUAGCAAAGGUUGGAGAUGUCUUGAGUGCACAGUGUGUGAGGCCUGUGGGAAGGCGACUGACCCAGGAAGACUCUUGCUGUGUGAUGACUGUGACAUAAGCUAUCAUACCUACUGCCUAGACCCUCCAUUGCAGACAGUUCCCAAAGGAGGCUGGAAAUGCAAAUGGUGUGUUUGGUGCAGACACUGUGGAGCAACAUCUGCAGGUCUGAGAUGUGAGUGGCAAAACAAUUACACACAGUGUGCUCCUUGUGCCAGCUUGUCUUCCUGCCCCGUCUGCUGUCGAAAUUACAGAGAAGAAGACCUCAUUCUGCAGUGUAGACAAUGCGAUAGGUGGAUGCAUGCAGUUUGUCAAAACUUAAAUACUGAGGAGGAAGUGGAAAAUGUAGCAGACAUUGGUUUUGAUUGUAGCAUGUGCAGACCCUAUAUGCCUGCAUCAAAUGUGCCUUCCUCAGACUGCUGUGACUCUUCACUUGUGGCACAAAUUGUCACAAAAGUAAAAGAGCUAGAUCCACCUAAGACCUAUACCCAGGAUGGUGUAUGUUUGACUGAAUCAGGGAUGACUCAGUUGCAGAGCCUCACAGUUACAGUUCCAAGAAGAAAACGGACAAAACCAAAAUUGAAAUUAAAGAUUAUAAAUCAGAAUAGUGUGGCUGUCCUUCAGACCCCUCCAGACAUCCAGUCAGAGCAUUCAAGAGAUGGUGAAAUGGAUGAUAGUCGCGAAGGAGAACUUAUGGACUGUGAUGGAAAAUCAGAAUCUAGUCCUGAGCGGGAAGCUGUGGAUGAUGAAACUAAGGGAGCAGAAGGAACAGAUGGCAUAAAAAAGAGGAAAAGAAAACCAUACAGACCAGGUAUUGGUGGAUUUAUGGUACGACAAAGAAGUCGAACAGGACAAGGAAAAGCCAAAAGAUCGGUGAUCAGAAAAGAUUCUUCAGGUUCUAUAUCUGAGCAGUUAUCUAGCAGAGAUGAUGGCUGGAGUGAGCAGUUACCAGAUACUCUAGUUGAUGAGCCUGUUUCUGUUGCUGAAAGCACUGAAAAAAUAAAGAAGAGAUACCGAAAAAGGAAAAAUAAGCUCGAAGAAACCUUUCCUGCUUAUUUACAAGAAGCAUUUUUUGGAAAAGAUCUUCUAGAUACCAGCAGACAAAACAAGCUGAGUUUAGAUAAUCUAUCAGAAGAUGCAUCUCAGCUUUCAUAUAAAACAAGUUUCUUGGAUCCUUGCUCAGAUCCGCUACUGAGUUCAUCUUCUGCUUCAGCAAAACCUGGAACUCAGGGUACUGCUGAUGACCCAUUAGCUGAUAUUUCUGAAGUCUUAAACACAGAUGAUGACAUUCUUGGAAUAAUCUCAGAUGAUCUUGCAAAAUCAGUUGAUCAUUCAGGUCUUGAUUUAUGCACUUUCCAGGUUGGGAGCUCACCCUUCCCUUUUGAUAUUGGCCCCAUCGCUGAUGAUGCUUCCUCUUUGCCUCAGCCAAGUGUCAGUCAGAGUUCACGACCAUUAAGUGAAGAGCAGCUAGAUGGGAUCCUCAGUCCUGAGCUAGACAAAAUGGUCACAGAUGGUAAAAUAUUUGCCCUACAUCUAGGCUUUCUAAAAGACAUGAGAGCAAUUCUUGGAAAGUUAUAUAAAAUUCCAGAGCUUGGAGGAAAGGAUGUUGAAGACUUGUUUACUGCUGUACUUAGUCCUGCUACCACUCAGCCAGCUCCAUUACCACAACCUCCCCAUCCACCACAGCUAUUGCCAAUGCACAAUCAGGAUGUUUUUUCCCGGAUGCCACUCAUGAAUGGCCUUAUUGGACCCAGUCCUCAUCUUCCACAUAAUUCUUUGCCUCCUGGAAGUGGAUUGGGGACAUUCCCUGCUAUAGCACAAUCCCCUUAUUCUGAUGUCAGGGAUAAAAGUCCAGCAUUUAAUGCAAUUGCAAGUGAUCCUAACAGUUCCUGGGUGCCAGCUCCCUCUAUGGAAGGAGAAAAUGACACCAUGUCAAAUGCCCAGAGAAGCACACUGAAGUGGGAGAAGGAGGAGGCUCUGGGUGAGAUGGCAACAGUAGCACCAGUUCUCUACACAAAUAUUAAUUUCCCUCAUUUAAAGGAAGAAUUCCCAGAUUGGACUACUCGAGUGAAACAAAUUGCCAAGUUGUGGAGAAAAGCCAGCUCUCAGGAAAGAGCACCAUAUGUGCAAAAAGCCAGAGAUAACAGAGCUGCUUUACGCAUUAAUAAAGUUCAGAUGUCAAACGAUUCUAUGAAAAGGCAACAACAGCAAGACAGCAUUGAUCCCAGCUCCCGCAUCGAUUCGGAUCUUUUUAAAGACCCUUUAAAGCAGAGAGAAUCGGAGCAUGAACAGGAAUGGAAAUUUAGACAGCAAAUGCGUCAGAAAAGUAAGCAACAAGCUAAAAUUGAAGCCACACAGAAGCUGGAACAGGUGAAGAAUGAACAGCAGCAGCAGCAGCAGCAGCAGCAGCAGCAGCAGCAACAACAGCAACAGCAGCAACAGCAGCAGCAGCAACUCAGUUCUCAGCACCUUCUAGUACCUUCUGGUUCAGAUACUCCAAGUAGUGGAGCACAAAGUCCCUUGACACCUCAGCCUGGCAAUGGAAAUGCAUCUCCUGCACAGACAUUCCAAAAAGACCUAUUCUCCAAACACUUACCCAGUGCCCCUGCUUCCACACCUUCAGAUGAUGUGUUUGUCAAGCCACAACCUCCACCCCCUCCUUCAACACCAUCCCGGAUACCCAUUCAGGAAUGUCUUUCUCAGUCCCAGAGUUCUCAGCCACCUUCUCCACAGAUGUUCUCACCUGGAUCAUCUCACUCCAGACCACCAUCUCCAGUGGAUCCUUACGCAAAAAUGGUUGGUACUCCUAGACCACCUCCUGGGGGCCAUAGUUUUCCCAGAAGAAGUUCUGUUACACCAGUGGAAAACUGUGUGCCUCUAUCUUCAGUACCGAGGUCUAUUCAGAUGAAUGAAACAUCAGCCACUAGGCCAUCCCCAGCCAGAGAUUUAUGUGCUUCCGCCAUGACAAACAGUGACCCUUAUGCAAAGCCUCCAGAUACACCUAGGCCCAUGAUGACAGAUCAGUUUCCCAAACCUUUUAGCCUUCCUCGAUCCCCUGUGGUUUCCGAACAAACUACAAAAGGUCCUCUAGCAGCUGGCACCAUGGAUCACUUUACUAAACCAUCUCCUAGAGCAGAUGCCUUUCAAAGACAACGGCUACCUGACCCAUAUGCACGACCUUUGCUGACACCUACCCCACUGGAUAAUGGGCCUUUUAAGACCCCACUGCACCCUCCUCCAUCUCAGGAUCCAUAUGGAUCUGUGUCACAGGCAUCAAGACGACUCUCUAUUGACCCUUAUGAAAGGCCUGCCUUGACACCGAGGCCUGUAGAUAGUUUUUCUCAUAAUCAGUCAAAUGAUCCAUAUAGCCAGCCUCCCCUAACUCCACACCCAGCAAUGAGUGACUCUUUUACUCAUUCUUCAAGGGCUUUUUCUCAGCCUGGAACCAUAUCAAGGUCAACAUCUCAGGACCCAUAUUCACAAGCCCCAGGAACUCCCCGCCCUGGUAUCGAUUCUUAUUCCCAAACCUCAGGAACUGCUCGAUCCAAUCCAGACCCUUAUUCUCAACCUCCUGGUACUCCCCGGCCUAACACUAUUGAUCCAUAUAGUCAGCAGCCACCAACUCCCAGGCCUUCUCCACAGACAGACAUGUUUGUUACAUCUGUGGUAAAUCAGAGACACUCUGAUCCAUAUGCUCAUCAUCUCGGAACGCCAAGACCUGGGAUUUCUGUUUCCUAUUCUCAGCCACCAGCAACACCAAGGCCAAGGACUUCAGACGGUUUUAAUAGGUCCUCCAGUGCAAGACCAGCUCUCAUGCCAAACCAGGAUCCUUUUUUGCAAGCAGCACAAAACCGAGUACCAGGUUUACCUGGCCCUUUGAUAAGGCCACCUGAUAUGUGCUCCCAGACACCCAGGCUACCUGGGCCUGGCCUUACAGACACAUUCAACCGUGCUUCCCCAUCUGCUGCUCGUGAUCCCUAUGAGCAGCCUCCAAUGACUCCCAGGCCUCAGUCUGACUCUUUUGGAACUAGUCAAGUUGUCCAUGACCUUGUUGACCGUCCAGGUCCUGGGUCAGAAGGAAACUUCAGCACAUCUUCAAACCUUCCCAUAAGCUCCCAAGGACAGCAGUUCUCCAGUGUCUCCCAGCUUCCUGGGCCCGUGGCAACUUCGGGAGGAACUGAUACACAGAACACUGUGAACAUGUCUCAAGCUGACACAGAGAAACUGAGACAGCGGCAAAAGCUGCGUGAAAUCAUUCUUCAGCAACAACAGCAGAAGAAGAUUGCUAGUCGCCAGGAGAAGGGGCCUCAGGAUACACCUCACCCAAUGCCCCUUCCACACUGGCAGCCAGAGAGCAUCAACCAGGCUUUCACUCGACCUCCACCUCCCUAUCCUGGGAAUAUUCGAUCACCUGUUAUCCCUCAACUAGGACCUAGAUAUGCAGUUUUCCCCAAAGAUCAGCGGGGACCCUAUCCCCCAGAGGUUGCUGGUAUGGGGAUAAGACCUCAUGGAUUUAGAUUUGGAUUUCCAGGAGCUAGCCAUGGUCCCAUACCAAGCCAAGAUCGCUUCCAUGUGCCUCCUCAGCAAAUACAGGGAUCUGGAAUUCCUCCACACAUAAGAAGAUCAAUGUCUAUGGAAAUGCCUAGACCUUCAAAUAACCCACCAAUAAAUAAUCCAGUUGGGCUUCCUCAGCAUUUUUCACCACAGGGUCUGCCAGUUCAGCAGCAUAACAUACUAGGCCAAGCAUUUAUUGAAUUGAGGCAUAGAGCUCCUGAAGGAAGGUCACGGUUGCCAUUCGCUCCUUCUCCUGGCAGUGUUAUAGAGUCACCAUCUCAUCCCAGACAUGGAAAUUUCAUUCCCCGACCUGAUUUUCCAGGCCCUAGACACACAGACCCUGUGAGACAACCUCCCCAGUGUCUACCUAACCAGCUACCUGUGCAUCCAAAUUUAGAGCACGUCCCACCAUCUCAGCAAGAGCAAGAUCAUGCUGCCCACCAAUCUUCUGUUGUCAUGAGGCCUCUAAGUCAUCCCUUAGGUGGUGAAUUUUCUGAGGCUCCUUUGUCUACAUCUACUCCAGCUGAAACAGUACCUGAUAACUUACAAGUAACGAGUCAGUCUUCUGAUGGUCUAGAGGAAAAGCUAGACUCUGAUGACCCUUCUGUGAAAGAACUGGAUGUGAAAGACCUUGAGGGAGUUGAAGUCAAAGACUUGGAUGAUGAAGAUCUAGAAAAUUUAAAUUUAGACACAGAGGAUGGCAAGGGCGAUGACUUGGACACUUUAGGUAAUUUGGAAACAAAUGAUCCUAACCUGGAUGACCUCCUAAGGUCAGGGGAAUUUGAUAUCAUUGCAUACACAGAUCCGGAACUUGACUUAGGGGAUAAAAAAAGCAUGUUCAAUGAGGAAUUAGAUCUUAAUGUUCCAAUUGAUGAUAAGCUAGAAAAUCAAUGUUUAUCGGUUGAACCAAAAAAAAGGGAUCAAGAAGACAAAACUAUGGUUCUCAAUGAUAACGAUUUGUCACAGAAAAAAUCCACUCGUACCAGUGAGAUAAAGACAGAAGCCCUAUCUCCACACCCUAAAGAAGAAACACUGAGUGAAAUUAAGAAAAGUGGUGACAGUAAAGGUGAUACUGAUGCUCUGUGCUCACAAGCUUCUGCUCAUACAGACCCGAGUGACAGGGAAAAGACUUCUUUGCUGCCUACUGAUCCAGAUAUGCUUGAGAAAAGAAACAAUCGAGAAAAUGCUGGCUCUGGUGUCAGUACCAUUCAAGGCUCUACUCCUCUGCCUGCUCAGGAUGUGAUGAACUCUUGUGAUAUAACCGGAACAACUCCAGUCCUUUCAAGUUUACUUUCUAAUGAGAAAUGUGAUAAUUCAGACAUUAGGCCUUUGGGGUCUUCCCCACCAAAUAUGCCCAUUUCACCAUCCACUCAUGGGUCAAGUUUGCCUCCUACAUUAAUAGCACCACCUGGCCCUCUUUUGGAUAAUGCCAUGAAUUCUAAUGUAACAGUGGUCCCUAGGGUAAACCAUGUUUUUUCUCAGGGUGUGCCAGUAAAUCCAGGAUUCAUUCAAGGUCAGUCAUCAGUGAACCAUAAUUUAGGGACAGGAAAACCUACAAAUCAAACUGUGCCUCUCACAGAUCAGUCCAGCACCAGUGGCAUGUCUGGACCGCAACAGCUAAUGAUUCCUCAAACAUUAGCCCAGCAGAACAGAGAGAGGCCGCUCCUUCUAGAGGAACAGCCUUUGCUUCUACAAGAUCUUUUGGAUCAAGAGAGGCAGGAACAGCAGCAGCAAAGACAAAUGCAAGCCAUGAUUCGUCAGCGGUCAGAACCAUUCUUCCCUAACAUUGAUUUUGAUGCAAUUACAGAUCCUAUCAUGAAAGCGAAAAUGGUGGCUCUUAAAGGCAUAAAUAAAGUGAUGGCGCAGAACAGUCUGGGCAUGCCACCAAUGGUGAUGAGCAGAUUCCCUUUCAUAGGCCCAUCAGUGACUGGAACGCAAAACAGUGAAGGCCAGAACCUGGUGCCUCAUGCUGUAACUCAGGAUGGCAGUAUAACACAUCAGAUUUCUAGGCCUAAUCCUCCAAAUUUUGGUCCAGGCUUUGUCAAUGAUUCUCAACGUAAGCAGUAUGAAGAAUGGCUGCAGGAGACUCAGCAGCUUCUUCAGAUGCAACAGAAGUAUCUUGAAGAACAAAUUGGUGCACACAGAAAAUCAAAGAAAGCCCUUUCAGCCAAACAGCGCACAGCCAAGAAGGCAGGUCGAGAGUUCCCAGAGGAGGAUGCAGAGCAGCUCAAACAUGUUACAGAGCAGCAGAGUAUGGUUCAAAAACAGCUCGAGCAGAUUCGUAAACAACAGAAAGAACAUGCUGAAUUGAUUGAAGAUUAUCGGAUCAAACAGCAGCAGCAGCAGCAGCAGCAGCAACAGUGUGCCCUAGCCCCUCCUAUCCUCAUGCCAGGGGUUCAGCCCCAGCCACCUCUUGUUUCAGCUGCCCCUCCACCCACCAUGAGCCAACCCAGCUUCCCCAUGGUGCCGCAGCAGCUUCAGCAUCAGCAGCACACAGCAGUCAUCUCUGGCCAUACCAGCCCUGCCAGAAUGCCCAGUUUACCUGGAUGGCAACCUAACAGUGCUCCUGCUCACCUGCCCCUUAACCCUCCUAGGAUUCAGCCCCCAAUUACCCAACUAUCUUUAAAAACUUGUACUCCAGCCCCAGGGGCAGUGUCAAGUGCAAAUCCACAGAGUGGACCACCACCUCGAGUGGAAUUUGAGGACAACAACCCUUUUAGUGAAAGUUUCCAAGAGCGGGAGCGGAAGGAACGCUUACGAGAGCAGCAGGAAAGGCAGCGAGUUCAACUGAUGCAAGAAGUAGACAGGCAGAAAGCUCUGAAGCAGAGGGUGGAAAUGGAGCAGCAUGGUCUGGUGGGUGCUGAGCCAGUCAACAGGACACCUGUGUCCCAGAUGCCAUUCUAUGGUUCUGAUAGACCCUGUGACUUUUUGCAACCCUCAAGACCCCUGCAGCAGUCUCCACAGCAUCAGCAGCAAAUGGGACCAGUUUUACAGCAGCAGAAUGUUCAACAAGGUUCUAUUAGUUCACCCCCAAACCAGACUUUCAUGCAAACCAAUGAGCGAAGGCAAGUAGGACCUCCCUCCUUUGUUCCAGAUUCACCAUCUGCUCCUGGUGGGAGCCCAAACUUUCCUUCUGUUAAGCAAGGGCAUGGAAGUCUUUCUGGGUCCAGCUUUCAACAUUCUCCAUUGAGGCCUCCAUUCCCACCAGUUUUAUCAAGAACACCUCCAGUAGCUAAUAGCAAUCUCCCAUGUGGCCAAGACCCUGCUGUAACCCAUGGCCAAAAUUAUUCAGGAUCAAGCCAGUCUCUUAUUCAGUUGUAUUCUGACAUAAUCCCAGAAGAAAAAGGGAAAAAGAAAAGAACAAGAAAAAAGAAAAAAGAUGAUGAUGCAGAAUCCACCAAAGCACCGUCAACCCCCCACUCAGAUUCAACUGCUCCACUCACCCCAGGCCUCUCAGAAACUACCUCCACUCCCACAGUGAGUACACCCAGUGAGCUUCCUCAGCAAAGAGAACAAGAGGCGGUGGAGCCACUUGGCCCACUCACUCCCAGUAUGGCAACAGGCCAGCCCUGUACAGAGUCAGACCACAAACUUCCCAGUAGUGAGUUCAUAAAAAGAACUCCACAUCAACAGACACAUGUUAAUGCAGAGGCAGACAAGCCUUCCAUGGAACCCCCCAGCACAACUGAAGAGAUAAAGCUGGAAAAGGCUGAGACAGAGCCAUGCCCUCAUCAGGAGGAGGCCCAUGUGGAAGAGAGAACGGAUAGUAGUAAGCUUGAAGACACGAAGGCUGGUCCUGUCUCCUCGGGACAGUGUCCUUCCCAUUCUUCCGGAGCCCCUGUUACCAAAGGAGAUACAGGAAAUGAACUGCUGAAACACUUGUUAAAAAAUAAAAAGGCCUCGUCCCUUCUAACCCCGAAACCUGAGGGCACUUUCUCCUCAGAUGACAGCCCCUCAAAGGACAGUAAACUGACCGAGAAGCAGAACCCAGCAGAAGGGUUGCAAACUUUGGGGGCUCAAAUGCAAGGUGGUUUUGGAGGUGGCAACAGCCAGUUGCCAAAAACAGAUGGAGGAAGUGAAACCAAGAAACAGCGAAGCAAACGCACUCAGAGGACGGGGGAGAAAGCAGCACCUCGCUCAAAGAAAAGGAAGAAGGAUGAAGAGGAAAAGCAGGCUGUGUAUUCCCGCUCUGACUCCUUCACCCACUUGAAACAGCAGCUCUCUCUGCUCCCUCUAAUGGAACCGAUCAUUGGAGUGAACUUUGCGCACUUUCUUCCUUAUGGCAGUGGCCAAUUUAAUAGUGGGACUCGACUUCUAGGAACUUUUGGCAGUGCCGCCCUUGAAGGGGUCUCAGACUACUAUUCUCAGUUGAUCUACAAGCAGAAUAAUUUAAGUAAUCCUCCAACACCCCCUGCCUCUCUUCCUCCUACACCACCUCCUAUGGCUUGCCAGAAGAUGGCAAAUGGUUUUGCAACAACUGAAGAACUUGCUGGAAAAGCUGGCGUGUUGGUGAGCCAUGAAGUUGCCAGAACUUUCGGACCGAAGCCAUUUCAGCUGCCUUUCAGACCUCAGGAUGACUUGCUGGCUCGAGCUAUUGCUCAAGGCCCGAAGACUGUGGAUGUUCCUGCCUCACUUCCAACACCACCUCAUAAUAAUCAUGAGGAAUUAAGGAUACAGGAUCACUAUGGUGACCGGGAUACUCCUGACAGUUUUGUUCCCUCAUCUUCUCCUGAGAGUGUGGUUGGUGUAGAGGUGAACAGGUACCCAGAUCUGUCACUGGUGAAAGAAGAGCCUCCAGAACCGGUGCCAUCCCCCAUCAUUCCAAUUCUUCCCAGCAUUUCUGGGAAAAGUUCAGAAUCAAGAAGAAAUGACAUCAAAACUGAGCCAGGCACUUUAUUUUUUACCUCACCUUUUGGUUCAUCCCCAAAUGGUCCCAGAUCGGGUCUUAUAUCUGUAGCAAUCACCCUGCAUCCUACAGCUGCUGAGAACAUUAGCAGUGUUGUGGCUGCGUUUUCCGACCUUCUUCACGUGCGAAUUCCUAAUAGCUAUGAGGUUAGUAAUGCUCCAGAUGUUCCAUCCAUGGGUUUGGUCAGUAGCCACAGAGUAAACCCAGGUUUGGAGUAUCGACAGCAUUUGCUUCUUCGUGGGCCUCCACCAGGAUCUGCAAAUCCUCCCAGAUUAGCAAGCUCUUACCGGCUGAAGCAGCCUAAUGUACCAUUUCCUCCAACAAGCAAUGGUCUUUCUGGCUAUAAAGAUUCCAGUCAUGGUAUAGCAGAAAGUGCCUCACUCCGACCACAGUGGUGCUGUCACUGCAAAGUGGUUAUUCUUGGAAGUGGUGUGCGGAAGUCAUUCAAAGAUCUGACCUUUGUGAACAAGGGUUCCCGAGAGAACACCAAAAGGAUGGAAAAGGAUAUUGUCUUUUGUAGUAAUAACUGCUUUAUUCUUUAUUCAUCAACUGCACAAGCAAAAAACCCAGAAAACAAGGAAUCCCUUCCUCCACUGCCACAGUCCCCUAUGAAGGAGCCUUCCAAAGCAUUUCACCAGUACAGCAACAACAUCUCCACUUUGGAUGUACACUGUCUCCCUCAGUUCCAGGAAAAAGUUUCCCCUCCUCCGUCACCUCCUAUAACCUUCCCUCCAGCCUUUGAAGCAGCCAAAGUAGAGUCCAAGCCUGAUGAGCUCAAGGUGACAGUCAAGUUAAAGCCUCGCCUGAGGACUGUUCAUGGUGGGCUUGAAGACUGUAGACCACUCAAUAAAAAGUGGAGAGGAAUGAAGUGGAAGAAGUGGAGUAUUCAUAUUGUCAUUCCCAAGGGGACCUUUAAACCACCUUGUGAGGAUGAAAUCGAUGAGUUUCUAAGGAAAUUGGGCACUUCUCUUAAACCUGACCCUGUGCCCAAAGACUAUCGAAAGUGUUGCUUUUGUCACGAAGAAGGUGAUGGGCUAACAGAUGGACCAGCAAGACUGCUCAACCUUGACUUGGACCUGUGGGUCCACUUGAAUUGUGCUCUGUGGUCCACAGAGGUCUAUGAGACACAGGCUGGUGCCUUAAUAAAUGUCGAGCUAGCACUGAGGAGAGGGCUACAAAUGAAAUGUGUCUUCUGUCAUAAGACAGGCGCCACCAGUGGAUGUCACAGAUUUCGAUGCACCAACAUUUAUCAUUUUACUUGCGCCAUUAAAGCACAAUGCAUGUUUUUUAAGGACAAAACAAUGCUUUGCCCCAUGCACAAACCAAAGGGAAUCCACGAGCAAGAGUUAAGUUACUUUGCAGUCUUCAGGAGGGUCUAUGUGCAACGCGAUGAGGUGCGGCAGAUUGCUAGCAUCGUUCAGCGAGGAGAACGGGACCAUACCUUUCGUGUUGGCAGUCUCAUCUUCCACACCAUUGGUCAGCUGCUUCCACAACAGAUGCAAGCAUUCCACUCUCCUAAAGCACUCUUUCCAGUGGGCUAUGAAGCCAGCCGGUUAUAUUGGAGUACGCGCUAUGCCAACAGACGCUGCCGCUACCUGUGCUCCAUUGAGGAGAAAGAUGGACGGCCAGUGUUUGUCAUCAGGAUUGUAGAGCAAGGCCAUGAGGACCUGGUCUUAAGUGAUUCAUCACCUAAAGAUGUUUGGGAUAAAAUUUUGGAGCCUGUGGCAUGUGUGAGGAAGAACUCUGAAAUGCUGCAGCUUUUCCCUGCAUACCUGAGAGGAGAGGACUUGUUUGGCUUGACUGUCUCCGCAGUGGCACGGAUAGCAGAAUCUCUACCUGGGGUUGAAGCAUGUGAAAACUACACCUUCCGAUAUGGCCGAAAUCCUCUCAUGGAGCUACCCCUUGCCGUUAACCCCACAGGUUGUGCUCGUUCUGAACCCAAAAUGAGCGCCCAUGUCAAGAGGUUUGUGUUAAGGCCUCACACCUUGAAUAGCACCAGCACCUCCAAGUCCUUUCAGAGCACAGUCACUGGCGAGCUGAAUGCACCCUACAGUAAACAGUUCGUCCACUCCAAGUCAUCCCAGUACCGGAGAAUGAAGACUGAAUGGAAAUCUAAUGUGUAUCUGGCCCGGUCUCGGAUCCAGGGAUUGGGCCUGUAUGCUGCUAGAGACAUUGAAAAACACACCAUGGUCAUUGAGUACAUUGGAACAAUUAUUCGAAAUGAAGUUGCAAACAGGAAAGAGAAGCUUUAUGAGUCCCAGAACCGAGGCGUGUACAUGUUCCGCAUGGACAAUGACCACGUGAUCGAUGCCACACUCACAGGAGGGCCUGCAAGGUAUAUUAACCAUUCGUGUGCCCCUAACUGUGUGGCUGAAGUAGUGACCUUUGAGAGAGGACACAAGAUUAUUAUCAGCUCCAACAGGAGAAUCCAGAAAGGAGAAGAGCUCUGCUAUGAUUAUAAGUUUGACUUUGAAGAUGACCAGCACAAGAUUCCAUGUCACUGUGGAGCGGUGAAUUGCCGGAAGUGGAUGAACUGAAUGCAUUCCUUGCUAUCUCAGCGGGCGGCUCGUCCCUAGGAAGAGGCGACUCAACACUUCAUUGGAUUUUACAGACAGAAAGAUAUUUUUGUUUUCUGACUUUUUGAAAAACAGCUUCUGGAAGCUCUGGUUCCUCGGCCUUUGUCUGAAGGAAGCACAGCACAGAGGAAGCCAGCCAAGGCUGCCUUGCUGUGCACUGAGGUCAGCAGAGUCACAGAAUGGUCCAGCACUUUUUUUUUCCUUUUUCUUUUCUUUCCCUCCUUUUGUUUCCUUGUGGGUGGGUUUUGUUUUGUUUUGUUUUGUUAGUCUCACUAAGGAGAAACUUUUACUGGGGCAAAGAGCCGGCGGCUGCCCUGCCCCAGGGUGGGGGCCUUCCUAUGAAUGUAAGACUGAAAUCACCAGCGAAGGGGGCUGUCCAGAGUGCUGGCCACGCCUUACUGACAGGGGCAGGCCCUGAGUUUAACUAAGUGGACACCACUGAUCAAGGAAUGUACUGAGAUGACUUCCUUAGGGAUAGAGCUAAGGGAUAAUAACUUGCACUAAAUACAUUUGAAUACUUGAUUCCAUGAGUCAGUUUAUUGUAGUUUUUGAUUUCUGUAAAAUAAGAGAAACUUUUUGUAUUUAUUGAAUAAGUGAAUGAAGCUAUUUUUAAAUAAAAGUUAGAAGAAAGCCAAGCUGCUGCUGUUACCUGCAGAACUAACAAACCCUGUUACUUUGUACAAAUAUGUAAAUAUUUUGAGAAAAACAGUAUAAAAAUAGUUAUUGACCAAAUGCUACCAGGCGCUGCAGCAGCUCGGGUGCUUAUAACCGUGGUAGGGAUGUUACAAUAUAAUUUUGUGUUAUUAAAUAUGCCAUUAUAAUUAUGUAAUAACCAAAAUUCUGCCCUGGUGUGUCUGGGCUUUUUGGAAACUGUCUCUUAGUGCUUGUUUUCUACACCUAACUUCUGACAGAGCAGCGCGUGUGCUACAACUACAACUUUUAUAGCUGUUGGUGAUUUAAACUAAUGUUUCAUAUUAUAUUGUUGCAUCCCUACUUCUUCAGUCAGGUUUUUUUGUGCUUACAAUUUGUGAUAACUGUGAAUAACGGCUUAAACACACACCCAAAUGGAGGCUGAAUUUUUUUCUUCAGCAAAAGUAGUUUUGAUUAGAACUUUGUUUCCGACCACACAGAAUUAUGUAAACAUAAUAGAGUCAUGUAGCAGGGACCUAACCCAACUCCUUAGCCUUCUAUUUAACAUAAAAAUUUGAAAAAGAAAAAAAAGAGAGCGAGAGUGAGUGAGAGAUGUGAUUAUGCUCCCAGCUGCAGGACUCCGGCAAUAGGGUUUUUCGAAGAUGUAAUUUUAAAAAUGUGUUUGUAUGAACUGUUUGUUUACAUUUCUUUAAUAAAAAAACACACUGUUUUGUGUUUGCUUGUAGAAAUUUAAUCAGCAUUUGAACCAGGUUAGCUUUUUAUUUUGUACUUAAAAAUUCUGGUACUGACACUUCACAGGCUAAGUAUAAAAUGAAGUUUUGUGUGCACAAUUUGAGUGGACUGUGAGCUGGGCGUACAUUCAGUGACGCGGCUCUCAGCUUGUAAUGUAUAUGGCAUGAUGUAUUUUUAUCUUACAGAAUAAAUCAAUUGUAUAUAUUUUUCUCUUGAUAAAUAGCUGUAUGAAAUUUGUUUCUUGAAUAUUUUUCUUCUCUUGUACAAUAUUCUGACAUCCUACCAGUAUUUGUCCUACCGGGUUUUUGUUGUUUUCUGUUCUGUAUAAUAGUAUCUAAUGUUGGCAAAAAUUGAAUUUUUUGAAGUAUACAGAGUGUUAUGGGUUUUGGAAUUUGUGGACACAGAUUUAGAAGAUCACCAUUUACAAAUAAAAUAUUUUACAUCUAUAGAA